AUGGCAGAUUGGGCAUCGCGCGAAUUCCCGUGCUCGCUAUCACAGUGUAUUAGCAGUAGGGUCUUGACGCACAACCUGGAAGAACUGAUUUUUAUGGCGUUCGGACCACCUGGGCUGAGCUGGGAACGACGACUGAAUAUUGCGAUCCUCGAGUUCAACGCUCGCAGCGCAGCGAGUGCCCCAGCGCAUCCUAGCGAGUUUGCCGACCACACAACAGAUGGUAGACUAGCAAAGCGUCUGGUGCAUCUUGACUGGAGGCCCGUCAUGGUCAUGGACCCUGCGGGCCUUCUCAACUUGUCCUAA